AUGUCGGACAAGCCGCAAGCACCCCUCCCCUUCGUCUACCAGUUCGCGGCCGGUGCCGUGGCUGGUGUCUCUGAGGUACCCAUUGGACGUGGUCAAGACUCGAGUCUUCAGACCGGUCCCGCUGUGCCUGGCGGUGAACACUACAAUGGCAUGUUCGAUUGCUUCCGCAAGAUUAUUAAGAACGAGGGUUUCAAAACCCUGUACCGUGGUAUCUCCGCGCCCAUCCUGAUGGAGGCCCCCAAGCGUGCGACCAAGUUCGCCGCCAACGACAGCUGGGGUGCUUUCUACCGCAACCUGUUUGGUGUUGAGAAGCAGACUCAGGGUCUCGCCACUCUUACCGGUGCCACUGCUGGUGCUACCGAGGCCUUCGUCGUUGUUCCCUUCGAGCUGGUGAAGAUUCGUCUGCAGGAUAAGGCAUCCGCUGGCAAGUACAACGGUAUGCUGGAUGUUGUGAAGAAGAUCGUUAAGACCGAGGGUCCUCUGGCCAUGUACAACGGUCUUGAGUCUACUCUCUGGCGUCACAUUCUCUGGAACGCCGGUUACUUCGGCUGUAUCUUCCAAGUUCGCGCUCAAUUGCCUAAGCCUGAGCCCGGUAACAAGGGUCAACAGACCCGUAACGACUUGCUCGCUGGUUCCAUUGGUGGUAUCGCUGGUACCGUCCUCAACACCCCCAUGGAUGUUGUUAAGUCCCGUAUUCAGAACACUACCAAGGUUCCCGGCCAGAUUCCCAAGUACAACUGGGCCUGGCCUGCUAUUGGUACCGUGAUGAAGGAGGAGGGCUUCGGCGCUCUGUACAAGGGUUUCAUUCCUAAGGUCCUCCGUCUCGGACCUGGUGGUGGUAUCCUGCUGGUCGUCUUCACCGGUAUGAUGGACUUCUUCCGCAAGAUGCGCGACGAGUAA